AUGGCAGGUCGCGGCCCUAGGAUGACAGAGUUCGAGGAGCGCGACUACUACUCCGCGCCUGGGCGACGGUCCGAGGUUGACUUUGCCGAGUUUGACCGUCGAAAUAGGGUCAUGACCCGAAGCCCGCCGCCGCCCAUGCGCGAACCCCGCACCCCAGCCUUUCUUCGCGAUGAGCCUCGCCGUGCAGAGGCAGGUCCCAUGGUCCUGCGACAGCGCGAUGUUGAAACCUUUGAUAGACAUCACCGCAGCCCCAGUCCCGUCCGCGUGAGAGAGCAGAGGCUGGUGCGAAGACCGAGGAGUGAGUCCAUCUGUGGAGAGGAAAAGGUCGCCGAGUCCGUUGCCGAUCCGCGCGAGGUUAUCACCCACUAUCGGGACAUUGAUCAUGGCACCAUCAAGGCUAAACCGCCCACUCCGCCUCCAGCCCCUCGUCCCCGCCAUUGUGAGCGCGUCAACGAGCGCGAGACAGACAUUGACAUAUCGCUCUCGAAGAAUCGCACCGAAGUGGACAUUUAUCGUAGCUCUGGUGGGCGUGCUCGCUCCAGGAGCCGCGUACGCAACGACGAUGCCCUUAUCGUGCAUUCCGACUCCCGCCGACGUGCUCACUCGGCUGCGCCGGUCUGCUCCCCGGGCCUCGACGACGAAGGCCAGGAAUACAUCUCCAAGAUCGAUGCUCGAGGCCGCAUGGGCGAAGCGUGGCAUGGCGCGACUCGUGACUGGGAGAUUGUCGAUGUGCCCCCCGGCACGGAGCGCGUACGUAUGGAUGGCGUCGGCGGUGGCAGCACCGAGACGCAGUGGUCUAAGUAUAGUGGCGUACGCCGCACCAAGUUCAUCCCAGAAAGAGAUGCGAUGCCAGCUCCUGCGCCUGCUCCGCGCGCCCCUUCCAGAGAGCCACGCAAAUCGAGCAACAACCUGCAAUUGUGGGAUCGCGAGCGAGAGAUUGACAUUGACAUUGACAUUGACCGUACUGUCGAGAGGCGAUACGCUGAGCCUCCGCCACCACCUGCUCCUGCCAAGGACAUGUGGACUGAGAUCAGUAAGGACCUGGUCGUCAAGGAGGCCAUACAGCAGAUGGGCUAUGAGUUCGAGGAGACGCCCAUGUUCUUCUACGUCAUGAGCUACCUGAAAUACGACGAUGUACUUCAAUUGGUCGAGCUGACUGAAGACAUUAAGCGAUUCCGCAAGGACCGAGUCGAGGCACUUCUGAGGACGUCUCGAGGCAUCAUGAUCUACGACAUUAUGACAGACUACACGUGA